AUGCGACCUAGCGUGCCGCCAUAUAACUCCGUCUUCGUUCUUCUGCUCGCGUCCGUACCGUGGACUCCUUCGUGUGCCGCUGCGUCGUGGGUCGAAUCGCUUUCGCGUCGCUUUGACCUCGUUCUCGACUAUUCGCCUGCCCCGUCUCCCGAGGACGGUCCGCCCGCUUCAGCCGGUGCACUUCGUGAUCCAGCUUUCCUUCCAGCUCAGAUCGGUGGUAUCGUUGGGGCCUACGCUUUAUCCCUGGUGCUGGUCGCCCUUCUUCUCCUUGCGCUUUCCAAGAGACGCCGUGAGCGCUUGCGGAAUCUUGACCGAGCUGUCGAGGAGGACGCCCUGUACUUUAGCGAAUUCAACCCGUUCCCCGAUCCAUUUCUGCUCCAGGCCGAGGAGGAUUACAAGAGACAGCUCGAGGAGUUCCAGCAAACUCAGCAACUUGAGCAGAUCCAGCUCCGCCAGGUCCACCCUCAGCAACUGCUCCAAUACACCCACUUCCAAAACCCCUCGACACAGACUCUUUCCCUCCAGAUCCCGGUCAGCCCGAGAAACUUUUCACAUCCAGCCGGAUCGCCACUUAGUCCCACUAGGGUUGGACAUUUCAGUCCAGCCAAGUCGCAGCGUUCCGCGUUUACCGCUCCGUCGCCCACCUCAACCGUCCUUGCUCCUGGUGUCGACUUGUCGGUAGAUCAGGCGGUCGUAGGCCGAGACAGAAACAUGGCGCAAUCACAGCUAGAAGAGAUGUACAAGCAUGUGAUGGAGCAGGAGCAGGCCAAGGCGGAAGGGCGAGAGUACCAUCCUCCGCAGCUGCCCUCGCCGUUGUCGUCAAACCCGGCGAGCGCUGGCCCAGCGAGAGCCAGUGGCAAGAAAGAGCGUGUCAAGCCGGCGGGCUUGAACCUCGUGAAGGAGGACAAGGAGUCACGCAGCUCGUCGCUGUUCUCGUUCCUCAAGUCCCCUCGCAAGAACAAGAUGGGGGCCGCCGGGAUGAGCAUCUCUUCUCCCAUCAUGACGCCCAUGUCGGGAACCUUCCCGCGGCACGACGACCAGGAGAUGAACCCCAUCCAGCCGCGGCACUAUGCCCCUCCCGCUCCGCCUCCUGUGUCUUCCGACCUGCCCUUCCGACGGGCCGCACAGGCAGGUUCAGCCACCACCAGCCAGCUCCCCACACCCGACAUCUCUCCCGUCAGCACACAGAGCAUUGACUCGCGCAUCGACGCCGCCAUCGGCCAACCCCCUGCCCGCAUCUCCCGUCGCGAGCAACAGCAUCAGCAGCGCGAAGCAGCACCCGCCCGCUUCCCGCCCGUCUCCUACACGCACAUGCGCGAGAUGUCCAGCGCCACCACCACUCCCAGCAUCGCCGGCGACCACGAGCCAGCCUCCGCCUCCUCCGAGAAAUCCACCUCCAACCUAGUCGGCCUACCCGUCUCCCCCCGCCCCAACGUCACCCGCUUCCCCAGCGACAUCUCCCUGCCCGCAUCCCCGCGCCCACACCAACAAUCCUUCACCCUCCCCACCCACCACAACGCCACCAACGCCUCCUCCACAGCUUCCUUCCCACGUCCCUCAGGCGCAUCCGCAACGGGCUCCAACGCCCCCUCAGCAGUCCGCGAGGGCGGCGCCCUCCCGCUGCGCGCCUACGAACCGUCCAUCAGCAGCCCGACAGCGACCAGCUUCGCGACGACGACCAAACAGACCGUGUUCACCCGCGGCCCGAUGUCGCCGGGCGGCGGGGCACACGAUGGGAUGCAGACGGGUAUGCGCACGCCUUGGACUGGCGCGCCGGUGCCAUAUACGCCGUAUCAGCCGUUUUCGCCGGUUGUGCCGAUUACGCCGAGUGUGGUGACGAAGGCGGAUCGGAAGCGGAUGAAGCGGUUGGAGCCGAGGACGCCGACUGUGGAGAUGGUAAGGAGUCAGGAUGAUAUUUGGUGA